AUGGGGAAAAAUAUUUGGCUUCUCUGUAGCAUUGUGCUGCUCAUCAUAUCUGAAUCACAAUUUGUCCUAUUAGUUUUGUCGUCAAGUAAUAAUACUUGCAAUUCCAACCCUUGCUCAAGUUAUGCAACAUGUAUUGGAAACAGUUCUCAUUACCUGUGCCAAUGCCCGCAAGGAUACAAUGGUGAUUUCUGUGAAUUUGUACACUCGUUUAAUACUCAAAUUCUUUUCAUUAAUCGAUUACAAGUUGGCGAAGGUACAAUACGCCUUGUCGGUGGUCAAUAUGCUGAUUCUGGACGAUUAGAAAUCUAUCAUAAUAAUAUGUGGGGCACUGUAUGUAGCGAUUAUUUCGAAAAGGCUGACGCCAAUGUAGUUUGCAGACAGUUAGAUUUCAAUUUAGGAGCAGCCAAUUAUGGUAACUACCACGGCUCUAGCAGCACCGGUCCUAUAUGGCUAAGUAAUCUACACUGCAAAGGUAACGAAAUGUAUCUAAAAGAAUGUCGCCACAACGGCUGGGGAGUUCAUAACUGUGGCCAUGAUAAAGAUAUUAGCGUAACUUGCCGUUUUGUUUUCGAUGGUGAAAUACGUUUUGUCGAUGAUCGAUCUCUUAAUUCUGGACGUAUUAAAAUCUAUCAUAAUAAUGUAUGGGGUACAGUAUGUGGUUAUGCAUUUGACAUGACUGACGCCAACGUAGCGUGUAGACAGUUAGGUUUCAAUUCAGGAGCAUCGAAUUAUAGUAACUACUACGGCUCUAGUACCAGUCGUAUAUGGUUAAGUGGUCUACGCUGCAGAGGUAACGAAACCUAUCUAAGGGAUUGUCCACAUAACGGUUGGAACGUUCAUAACUGUAAUCAUUCCGGAGAUAUAGGCGUAACUUGUCGUAACGCCGGUAUCGAUAGUUUAAAUUGUACUUUCGAGUCUGGAUUUUGUAACUGGAAACAUCCAAAUGAAACUACCUUCCAGUGGACAAGGCGUAGAGGCCAAACCACAAGUUGGCUUACUGGACCAAGCUUCGAUCAUACAUACGGAAACAUAUCAGGCUAUUACAUUCAUACGGAAGCAUCCGAUAUGCCUAAAGGAACUAAAUUUAUCAUUGAAAGUCCUGUAAUCUAUUCAGAUAGCGUCUUUUGCCUCUCUUUUUGGUAUAACCGGAAUGGAAUAACAAUUGGUCCUCUCAUUGUUGAUGAUCUUUCUAAAAGAAUAUAUAAUACUUCUGGCAAUAGUGGAGACGUUUGGUAUCUGGUUCAAUUAAAUAUCCCUUCUGGUAUCCAUAAGAUUAGAUUUGUAGGAGUUCAAGGUAGCAGUCCGAAAGGCGACAUGGCUAUUGAUGAUAUCGCUGCGUUACCAGGACGUUGUAAUUGUGUCAAUUCACUUGGAGUAUACUCUUGCCAGUGUAAGACAGGCUAUACGGGAUACACAGGCGAUGGAAUUACAUGUACAGAUAAUAACGAAUGCUCAUCAGGAACUCAUUCAUGUUCCGUUAAUGCCGAUUGCUAUAACAAUAAUGGGUCUUAUACUUGUAUAUGUCGUACUGGUUAUUCUGGAAACGGAUUUACAUGCCAAGACGUCAACGAAUGCUCUACAACAAAUCAAUGCGAUUCUAACGCUAAUUGUAAUAAUACAGCCGGAUCUUAUACGUGCCAAUGUAAUAACGGAUAUGUAGGCGAUGGUAGAACGUGUAACGAUGUCGAUGAAUGUCUAUCAGAAGUAGAUCGAUGUUCAAUCCACGCUUAUUGUAAUAACACGAUCGGAUCUUAUACUUGUCAAUGCAACAUAGGAUUUUCGGGUAACGGAAUAUCUUGCAACGAUAUUAACGAGUGUACAACAGAAACUUACAGCUGUUCUAUCUACGCAAACUGUAAUAAUACUAUUGGAUCGUAUAUGUGUACUUGUAAUAACGGUUAUAAAGGUAACGGCAUCACUUGUCAAGAUAUCGACGAAUGUAUUACUAAUAACCUUAACAUGUGUAGUAAUAACUCGAACUGCGUUAAUACAAACGGAUCGUACGACUGUCUAUGUAAUACUGGAUUCUCUGGAAACGGAUUAAUAUCUUGUACAGAUAUAGACGAAUGUUCAAAUAAUCUAGAUAACUGUCACACUAACGCUCAAUGUAUUAAUUCAGUCGGAUCUUAUACGUGCCAAUGUAAUAACGGAUACGUAGGCGAUGGAUUUUCGGGUAACGGAAUAUCUUGCAACGAUAUUAACGAGUGUAUAUCAGAAACUUACAACUGUUCUAUCUACGCAAACUGUAAUAACACUAUUGGAUCGUAUAUGUGUACUUGUAAUAACGGUUACAAAGGUAACGGCAUCGCUUGUCAAGAUAUCGAUGAAUGUAUUACUAAUAACCUUAACAUGUGUAGUAAUAACUCGAGCUGCGUUAAUACAAACGGAUCGUACGACUGUCUAUGUAAUACUGGAUUCUCUGGAAACGGAUUAAUAUCUUGUACAGAUAUAGACGAAUGUUCAAAUAAUCUAGAUAACUGUCACACUAACGCUCAAUGUAUUAAUUCAGUCGGAUCUUAUACGUGCCAAUGUAAUAACGGAUAUGUAGGCGAUGGUAGAACGUGUAACGAUGUCGAUGAAUGUCUAUCAGAAGUACAUCGAUGUUCAAUCCACGCUUAUUGUAAUAACACGAUUGGAUCUUAUACUUGUCAAUGCAACAUAGGAUUUUCGGGUAACGGAAUAUCUUGCAACGAUAUUAACGAGUGUACAACAGAAACUUACAGCUGUUCUAUCUACGCAAACUGUAAUAACACUAUUGGAUCGUAUAUGUGUACUUGUAAUAACGGUUACAAAGGUAACGGCAUCACUUGUCAAGAUAUCGACGAAUGUAUUACUAAUAACGUUAACAUGUGUAGUAAUAACUCGAACUGCGUUAAUACGAACGGAUCGUACGACUGUCUAUGUAAUACUGGAUUCUCUGGAAACGGAUUAAUAUCUUGUACAGAUAUAGACGAAUGUUCAAAUAAUCUAGAUAACUGUCACACUAACGCUCAAUGUAUUAAUACUCUUGGAUCAUUCCGUUGUCGUUGUAAAUCUGGCUAUUACGGAAAUGGUAUCUCUUGUACUCCGAUUGUUACCUGCUAUGGAAAUAAUAACUGCGAUACCAAAGCAAGCUGUCUCAUAUAUAAUAAUAACUACUAUUGCAGCUGUAAGAUCGGAUAUUAUUCUAAUAGUGUAUUAUCUGAAACACGACUUCAAUCAGAUACUCAUUGUCAACGUGGAGAUAUCUUUAACGGUAGUCUUAAACUCGCCGGUUACGAGUUAGGUAGUGAUAAACUUACUUGCGUGGAUAUAAAUGAAUGCCAACGAUUUAGACCAUGUGACCAAGUUUGUAUUAAUAUAGAAGGAUCGUUUACAUGUGAAUGUGAACAAGGUUUUGAACUAAAUAGUAACAACCUAACAUGUAGCGUUAGCGAUCCAUGUGAUUUUGGACAUAAUUGUUCGCAAAUUUGCACCUAUAUAAAUGGAUCUGAAAUAUGUUCAUGUACGAAAGGUUACGCGCUAACAUAUGGAAGCCAGACUGAAUGUGAAGAUGUCGAUGAAUGCAGCCUCAAUCCUAGUCCAUGUAAUCAACUAUGUACAAACAACGAUGGUAGCUGUACAUGUAGUUGUAUGAACGGCUAUCGAUUUGGUUCAGAUGGUUGGACAUGUGACGAUAUUAAUGAAUGUUUAGAAAAUAAUACCUGUAGUCAAGAUGCAAACCGUACAAACGCACAUGGUUCAUAUUGUGUUAGCGCGUAA